AUGAUUGCUCUGUCCUUCUUCAGCAUAACUUUUGGUGCUUUAGCCUUUGACACGUGGAGGAGGAGAAGCAAACAGAAAUACUUCAAAAGAAAUGGAGGAAAGCUCUUGAAACACCACAGAGUUCAAAUUUUUACAGAGGCGGAGCUGGCAAAGGCAACUAAUAACUAUGAUGAUAGCAAUAAGCUCAGUGAGGGCGGUUUCGGUUGCGUCUAUAGAGGUAGAUUAGUGGGGGACACCAUGGUCACGGUCAAGAAGCCUAAAGAUGUGCACAAGUCUCUAAUAAGGAAGGAUUUCCAGCAUGAACUUGAAACUGUGAUGCAAAUGAACCACAAAAAUGUGAUGAAGCUCCAUGGCAUAUGUUUGGAGACUAGAAUACCAUUGCUAGUUUAUGAAUACAUUUCAAAUGAACCCCCAAUCAUUCACGGCGACAUCAAGUCGGUGAACAUACUUCUAGAUCACAAUUACUUAGUAAAAGUGUAUGAUUUUGGAACUUCGGUACUAAUAUUGCCAGAGCAUGGUAAUAUUGUAGCCACUGAAAUACAAGGCACAUUGUGCUACAUCGAUCUAGAAUAUUUGACCACUGGCAUGAUAACAAUUAAGACUGAUGUAUAUAGUUUUGGAGUUGUCCUCAUGGAGUUGCUCAUGAGAAAUAAGCCAACAGGUUUCAUUACAAAGUCUGGAGAGUUUAUCAAUUUCAUCCAUCAUUUCAUCUCUUCGGUGGAGGAUAAGACACUCUUUGAGGUCAUAAACUUCGAGGAUGCUAGUAAAGAGGAAAUGGAGAGGGUAGGAAUGGUUGUUGUGAUAGCAGUGAAGUGCUUGGACCGAAGCGAUGCGAAGAGGCCAGCAAUGAGGGAAGUGGCUGAGCAUAACUUACCUGGACAAGAGAACAGACUGGGCUCCAGAGUUCGGCCGGAAGAACAUGGACAGGAGAACGGGUCGAGGUGGACCAGAACGGGUCCUGGAUCCGGAGCCAUCCCAAUGGAUCCCUACCUAUUUCCACAACCCGGUGUUUUGCCCUACGCAUUUCCAGUGAAUGGCGGCCGUCCCGAGCUCGUAGAUUCCCUUCACACGUCGACAGCUGAUGGACUGGAGCUUCGACUUAUCACCAUACAGCUCACUGGACAGGGCAACUACAACACUUGGGCCCGAGAUCUCUAG